CGAAUUUGCCUUCCUUCUGUCAACCAACUAUUAAAUCCUUAACUAUUGACAAUGUCUAUCAGUAAUACUGCCAUCAUUGGUUGUAUAAUUGCAUUGUUUGUCUUGAUUAUAGUAUGUACCAUAAUAAUUUUAGUAAUUCUCUGUGUUACCUCUAGAAUUACAGUAUAUGAUAAACAUCAAAAUAUUGAAAUUACAAGACCUAGUAUAUUUCAAAAUCUCUUUACACGUUCCAAACCACAAAUUGAUUUAGAAAAGCAAUAUCAAUCAAAUUAUGCUUGUUCAACUAUUGCUCUUAAAAGUUUACCAUUUCUGAUACCAAAUCAAGAUAAAAGUCCUCGAGUUCUGGAUGAUGGAGAAAUAAUUGUAACUUUAUCAAGAGAAAAUGAAAUUAGAGAUAAUAUUAUUAUUCCAACUAGUAAACUGGAUUAUCGUAGUGCAAUAGAAAGUUUUAAUUCUGAAACUAAUGGAUUAAUUGAUGAUCAACUGUAUUUUUCUAAACAAUCUCCUGAAUCUUCAAAUCUUACUAGAAGAAUUUCAUCUCUUCAUUAUCAAAGAAAUGAAAUUAAUAAUACUGUUAAAACUUUAAUUGCAAUUCCUAAUGAACAAAAGCAAUCAUAUCUUGCUGAUCAAUAUGAUAGUUUCUCUAGAACAAUCAUGCUUCAAAAUUUAAUUGAAAAAUCAGUAAAUGAUGAUUCUCAAACUAUUAUGAAAGUAAAAGAUCCAUUUCUGGAAAAUUUAAUAGUGGUAGGAGGAAUUGUAGUGGUUAUAAAACCAUUUAGAGGAACUAAAGAAUAUGAAUUUUCUAGUUUACAACCAGGUGAUCUUUUAAGAAUUGUAAAAUUUUUUAUUAAAGAAGAAGAAGAUUUAGAAAUCAAACCUUUACGUAUAGUAUCUGAUAAAUUACAACUUACUUCAGAUAGAGAGGGGAAACAAGAGAUUUUAGAUAAUGAAGAUGUAAAAACUAUAGAUGGAUAUAAAAUAAAAGAUAAUGAUAAUGAUAAUACUAAUAAUGAAGUAUAUAUUGAUAGGUCAGAUUCUAAUUAUAAAAACAUUCAUUGUACUGGAAUUGCUCUUAGUACUUGUUUAGAAUAUAAUUAUGAUACAAGUGAUUUAUCUCUUAGAUUUAAAGAUACAGUGAAUAAUUCUGACUUUGAAUACUUGAAGGAUUUCCCAUUGGAAGUAGUUUCUUUAGAGACUACAGUUUUACGAAGUAUGAAUGAUACUACCAUAUCUAUUGAUGAUGAUGAUGAAUCUUGUUCCUUAUAAUCAUUAUUAAUAAUCCUAAACU